GGCAGCAGUGGCUCCGAACGGCCAUGUUUACAUUUUGGGUUUGGCGCGCAGUGAGACGACCGGACAACCUUUUGCUAAUGCGAAUUGAAUUGUGAAGCGUUACCAAGGGUGGACAGACCCUGCAGACCACGUCGUCAUUGUCUCUUUUAACAUUGGCAGCAGCAGCACAUCUUGAAGACUAUAAAUGAUGGAGCGUCGGCAAAAUGUUGGUUUCAAAAGUCAUGUGGCUCUCUUCGACCCAAAUAUGCACAAUCAAGAUCCACGCCAGAGCCUUCCGCCAAGAAAUUCUAAUUACAGAGCGAACAAUUUCAUACAGUACAUGGGUGAUGACGACGGCACUGACAUUUACAGACAGAACCCUCAAGUUCUAUAUCCCUCACUUCCACGUGACUCGAGCCAUUCAAACGUUCGACAGCGAUCAUCAAGCUACCAAAAAUUGCCCUCUGAACGUGCUUGUGUCCCUGUGAUGGACGAGGAAAAGCGUCCAAGAUUGAAUCAAAAUUUCCAGUAUGGAUACGUUUAUCCAAGGCAAUCCUGUGUUGUAUUUGAAAAUCCUCUGGCAGACUCAUCAGUGCUGUAUCAAACUGAGACUCCAAUGGAAAUAGACGCUGCCUAUGACAGGAGGCAUUACUAUACGCCAAGUACAUCAAAGGUCACAGAGAUGAACCACCGAGAGUUCACCCCAAGAAAAGGUCGAAUGCACAGUGACACACCAACUGCUGCUGUAAAUGCACCUUUGAAAUCUUUUGAAAAUAAACUCAAGUCUUUGGCUGGAGAAUCAAGACAGCAACUUAUUUUCAAAGAAGCAGAAGUUAAUGAGGCUCCAGAAAAAAAGGAAGUGCCAAAGAUAACUCAGAAUUCAGGCCCUUCAGAAACAGUAAUUCUGACAGCAAAUGUGAAAUGCUGCGUCGAGUGGUUUAGCCAGAUCAGCAAAUUCAAAAAGUACUUAGUUCUUUUUGAAAUUUAUGCUAUUCUGCAGCGUGUUAGGGAGCACGAAACCUACUUUGAGUUGCUCCUGAGAGACCGGUCAGGACCUCUGCUGCAAACACUUUUCUACAAGAUGGACCAACAGCAACUCCCUGACCUGUCCUGUGGUCAAGUGGUACGAGUUGUUGGCCGUUCGAUGGCUCGCACCAGGCUGCAGGCGUUCAGCGUGCGGGAGGCUCGGCAAGGUGAGUUGCAAAGACGUGACCUGUACCUGAGCAAUCAGUCCAUCAAAGCAAUGAAAAGUUAUGAGGAUGAGUAG